AUGGCGGACCGUGAGCAACCAGUCACUCUGCGUACGCGCAAAUUCAUCAGAAACCCCCUCCUUGGCCGCAAGCAAAUGGUUGUUGACAUCCUACACCCCAACCGCGCCAACAUCUCCAAGGAUGAACUCCGUGGCAAGCUCGCUGAGAUGUACAAGGCCAACAAGGACCAAGUGAACGUCUUUGGUCUCCAGACUCAGUUUGGUGGCGGCAAGACAACCGGUUUCGCGCUCGUCUACGAUUCCCCCGAGGCCUUGAAGAAGUUCGAACCCCACUACAGAUUGGUUCGUGUUGGAUUUGCGUCGAAGAUCGAGAAGCCCAGCAGACAACAGCGCAAGCAACGCAAGAACAGACAAAAGACUCUCCGUGGUACGGCGAAGGUCAAGGGUGCAUCCAAGAAGAAGGACAAAUAG